UCCAAUUCAGAAUACGUUUUUCCUAAAUAUGACCUCGCCUCUCCGGGAGGCGAUUUCGCAUGGAUCGAUCAUCUGUUUCGUUAGCUAUGUCAUCACCUUGUUAUGAUUUGUGGAUAAAUGGAUCCUCAAGAUCUAGGUCUUGGUGCUGUAUUUAGAGCCCAGAUCUGCAGAAUUUAGCAUGUUAAGGUUCUGGACAGCGCUGUAAUUUUUUUUAACCCUGAUUGACUAGUAUCAGGCUUUUGUUUCAGGUUUGACCUAGAGCCUGCAUGCUUUUCUUUCUUUCUUUUUUUGAGAACGCACCCUAGAGCUUGCACAUAGUUUGUUUUAAAUACCAGAAAAUUGGGGUCGAUGCACUUUAUGUUCUGCUUUAAUUCGUGGACGGGACUAGUGGCAUAAAUUAUAUAGGCUUGCUCCCUGAAAUCGUGAAAUAGGAACAUGGUUUGAGAUAAUUCAUCCAAAGCAUUCUGUUGCAAUUAUUAUUAUGCUGGAUCUGCAUGAUUAUGAUCUAACUGAAUUCAAUUAACCAAAGAAGCACCCACUGAUAGCAUUUCUGGAUAGUGAUCUAUGAAAGUUUGCAUGUUAGGACAACUAAUUUGUAGCUUGCCAAGUUUCAUUUUUGCUGUGUGCUUAAGUAUGGAUGGAAUGAACGGAAGAACUUACAAUACAUGCUUUCAUGUUCUUACUUACAAUCUGUCAUGUACCACGCCUGUGUUCCUUGUGCCAUUCUCCACUAUAUCUCCUUUUUCUUAUUUGGCUCACUUAUCGCUGUUACCAUCACAUGGGGAAGUAUUUGUUUAUAUUUUUCUCUUGCAUGAACAAAAUGAAUGGAUGGAUGUGUGUAGGCUCAGAUAGGAACAUUUUGUGGGCAAGAAGUUGGUGAUGUGGCCAGACUGCUAUUGUCAGCAAAUCCUUCCAACCAUACUUGUUCGUCUCUGCUCCCGAAGGGUGUGGCUCGAAAUGCUUCCCCUCCUUGGAGAGAAGAUGAUAAAGAUGGCCAUUACAUAUUUGCUGUUGGAGAGAAUUUGACCUCUCGCUGUAAUUACACUUGACUAUCAUUAUUGGAUUAAUAUCUCUGUGAUAUGUGAUGUUUAUCCUUCUUGGAUUUCCCUUUUCGAUUUCCUUUGAAAAUUUUUUUGGAUUCCUUGUGUUAGCACUUUUUUUUCUUUGGAAAGGACAUCACAGUUUAAACCUUUUAUUUAUCUUUCAACAUACCUCAAAGCUAACAUGGUUGAUCUAUUUGCUGUCAUACCCUUGAGAUCAUUUUUUUAAACAACUAAUUCAUUCAGCAAAGGGUAUUUAAAAAAUAUUUUCUUACUUGAAUGUUCCUAUUUCAGUUUGCCUUUCUAAUCUAUAGUGGUUCAAGGUUUUCAAGGCCGUCCGUGUUGACUUACUUUGUAGCUAAACCCAGUUAUAUUACUGUUAUGUUUUAUCUUGAUAAGCUCCUUUCUUCUUGGUGCAUUGUCGGCAAUCUGUUUUCUUAUUCCUAAAUGCUCUGAACAUGUUGCACUCAUAGAAAUGGCACUGCUCUAAUAUGUUAUUUUUUCCUAUUUGCAGACAAGAUAUACAGAAAAAUGGGUGAAGGUACUUUUGGUCAGGUACUAGAGUGUUGGGACCGAGAAAGAAAAGAGAUGGUGGCUAUUAAAAUUGUUCGUUCUGUAAAGAAGUACAGCGAUGCAGCAAUGAUAGAGAUUGAUGUCCUGCAGAAGCUUGCAAGAAAUGAUGCAGCAGGCAAACAUUAUGCAUCGCUUGCAGCUAAUUCAUACUGAUCUGAAACCAGAGAACAUUCUCCUUGUUUCUUCGGAUUAUGUCAAGUUACCUGAUCCCAAGGAUGAUGGAUCAUUCUCAAGGAAACUGCCAAAAUCAAGUGCCAUCAAGUUGAUUGACUUUGGAAGCACGGCAUACCAUCACCAGGAUCGCAGCUACAUUGUAUCUACUAGACACUAUCGAGCACCUGAAGUUAUUUUGGGACAUGGAUGGAGCUACCCAUGUGAUAUCUGGAGUGUUGGUUGUAUACUUGUUGAGCUUUGCUCGGGUGAGACGCUGUUCCAGACCCACGAGAACUUGGAACAUCUGGCAAUGAUGGAGAGAGUUCUAGGUCCUCUUCCAUGGCACAUGCUGGAAAGAGCUGACCAACAUUCAGAAAAGUACGUCAGAAGAGGAAGAUUGAACUGGCCAGAAGGAGCAACAAGGGAGAGCAUUAGAGCUGUUCUCAAAUUGCCUCGCCUGCAGAACCUGGUGAUGCAGCAUGUGGAUCACUCUGCUGGGGAUUUCAUUGACCUGCUGAAACGCCUUCUAGCGUAUGAGCCCUCAGCUAGGUUGACUGCUGAAGAAGCGUUGAGUCAUGGCUUUUUUCACAAGACAUGGCAAUAGGCCGUUGCUAUGACAUCCCCGAUUCUGAAGAAGCGUGAGUCAUGGCUUCUUCAAAAGAUAUGGCAUCUAUGCCAUCUGCGAUUAUGCUAUGCCACAUUCAUCAGCAAAAACUAACGGAAGGGCUAGCUAUGAGCAUUCAAAGGCAAUAGAUGCAGCCGAGAAUUCAGAUGCUACCUGAAACAAGUGCUGUUAGAAGUAGAAGCUUGUAUGCUGUGAUUGACAGAAAAAAACAAUUGUAAAGCUCCCUUGCCCUUUCUCCGCCGUGGUAAAAACCUGGGCAGCACAAUCAUAGAGAGGUGCCCGAUAGAUAUAUGUGUACUAGGAGCAGAUGUUGUGUCUGAAUAGUGCAGUGUGCAGUUGAAUACAAACUCAAUUUUCUUAAUGAACUGCUACAAAUUGUUCGGCACAAUGCAAGUUGCAAGUA